AUGGAUUUGUUACGCGAAGUUAGUGGUCUUAAUAAAGUAGUGGUUGCACGUCACAUAAGUGCCGAUAAGACUUUUCCAGUGGCUCAUAAUGCUAUAAACAGAACAGCCCUCUGCUAUAGCUACAGCCAUCAGCCUGAUUUUGAAUCUUAUUUUAUAGCACUGAGCCCAUACAUCUGGGUGUUAUGGAUAUGUGGACUGGCGGUGUUGAUGGCCACAUGCAUUUUGUUUGUUGUAACCAUACGUGCAGCGUGGCAGCACUGGAGACAGAGUUCAACAAACGUCACUGUGGUUUUGGCUGUCUACCCCAUUGUGGCAUCGUCGGCAUUCUUAGCUAUAGUCCUCCCUAGAGGCCGGAUUUUGGCCGAAGCUAUAGCUCAAGAGGCCGUGAUGAUAGCCAUGUGCCACCUCUACAGCAUGAUAAUCACGGAAUGUGGAGGGCCCGACCAGCUUAUCAGGCGAAGCUCUGAUGCCAGACUCGAGACCAGAGUUUUGCCGUGUUGUUGCUGGCCUUGCUGUUUGAUACCAAGACCUAAACUUCAAAAACGAAGCCUGGUAUUCAUGAAAUGCCUGGUUAUGCAAAUGCCUAUUAUUCAAGCCCUCAUUUAUGUCGUAUUACUCGCUCUAUUGGCCGAUGAUAUGAUGAUAUACCAUCAAAGCUUCACAUACUUUCAACCAUUUAUCGCUGCAUCUAUUCUGACCGGCGUGUGGGGAGUUAUAAUGUGCGUCCGCAUGGCGGAAACGGCAGGCCAUAGAGUCAGGCCCAGGUUCUUGGCAGUCCAGCUGGCACUCAUAAUCGUGAAAGUGCAAAGUGGCUUUGCGAAGUUCUUACCAGAACUUAUUGAGAUUCCAUGCGUGUCAAGCAUAAAUCCUUCGGUGUUCAUCAACAUGAUACAAAACGGCGUCAUGUUGCUUGAGAUGCUGUUAUUAUCUAUCUGGGCUUGGCGACUGUACCGGGUCGCGCCCGGCAAGAACUUGGACAGACCACAAGUUGUUGUCGCAGUAUUGGACGAUAGUAUCAAACCUGUCGAUCCUAAGACUAUGACUGGCCUGGAGAACAAGUCAUUCAACGAACGAUACAAAUAAACAAGAUUUCACUACAAACUGUGAAAUCAUCA